GGGCUUUGGACACCAUUAGUUAGCACACUCUGCCUGAGCUCCUUUAGGAUGUUAAAAUCAAAUGAGGCGUGAACAUACAUGUCCACCUCUGAGUUGUCAGGAUCAGGCAAAACUGAGACAGGACAGCACAAAGGGUCUCCCACUGCCUUGCCUGAUGUCACAGCCUCUUGCAGGGCACGGCAAUAGGGAGUGGCCCCAGAAGAGGGCUUCACAAGAGGGGCAGCUAGACCUUUGUGAGAUGGCUGAGGGGCUAGAGAGUUAGGGUCUUCCUCAGCACGCUGUGGUGGUGGAGCAAAAGCCGCAGUGAGAUGAAAGCAAACCGGAGAAGAAACCGAACAAGCGGAAACCUGGACAGAAGGGUUGGUGGGGGGAGGGGUAGCCAAGGUUUCCUGAACUGACUGAGAGAAUCUGAGAGCAGAGCGGACUGAGGCCCAAGUGGGGAGCGUUCAAGGGGAGAGACGAUCACCCCUUCGCUGAGCCUCACGGAGAACGAAGCUUCAAAAUGGAUGAUAAUUUGGAUAAAUUUAUUGAAGAGCGUAAAGCCAAACUGGCCAAAGAUAAAGCAGAACUGGAACGUGACCCACCUUACAUGGAAAUGAAGGGAAAGACAUCAGAGAAGCUUUCUGAAAAUAGUAAAAUAUUAAUCUCCAUGGCUAAGGAAAACAUACCACCAAACAGUCAACAAACCAGGGGAUCUUUAGGAAUUGAUUAUGGAUUAAGUUUACCACUUGGGGAAGACUAUGAACAGAAGAAACAUAAAUUAAAAGAAGAAUUACGGCAAGAUUAUAGACGUUAUCUUACUCAGGGCAUUACACAAGCAAAGACAAAGAUAGUGCUGGGAUUGCAGGUGAACUCUACCAUGCUCAGCUCAAUCCUCCUUGAUCUUAUACCAGCUUUGAAAAAUUUUCUAUCCAUGGGUGAAACAGAUUCAUCUACUCUGGGAGUUUCUCUUCCUAUUGGUGAGAGGUUAUCUGCCAAGGAAAGGUUGAAACUUGAACGAAACAAAGAAUAUAAUCAGUUUCUCAGGGGUAAGGAAGAAUCCAGUGAAAAGUUCAGACAGGUAGAAAAGAGCACUGAGUCCAGGAGUCAGAGGAGUAAAAAUCCUGUUAGUCAAGUUCAAUCUGAUUUACCUUCACAAAUACAAACAUCUUGCUCAAAUUCAGAGGGUCCCAGGAGAGAUGUCUUAACUCCUUCAGAGACCUAUGAACAACUUCUAAACCGAAGACGGCUAGAGGAGGACAGAUAUCGACAAUUGGAUGAUGAAAUUGAAUUAAGGAAUAAAAGAAUUACUAAAAAAACUAAUGAAAAAGUUGGUAUUUCCAAUACAAAACAUCAGAGGUUUGCCAGCAAGGCUGGUGUUCCAGAAAGAAGAUUUUGCAGGUUUCAUGAGGAUCCCGUUUUUGAUAGACAGUAUUGUAGACCAGACCAAGAUCCUGAAAUAAGUGAAGAAAUGGAUGAGAGGUUUAGAUAUGAAGGUGAUGUUGACAGAAGACUUUUGAGAGUGUAUACAAAUGACAGGAUGCAUGGGAAAAGACAAGGGGAGGUGCCUCCUAUGGAAAAUGAUGGUGAUAUCAUAGAACAAUCAAACACACGAAUUUCAUCUGCUGGAAAUGAAAGUGCUCAAGAACACAAACCAUUCAAAUCUACUAAUCGAGAAAUCUGUAGUUCUUUUGCAGGGAUGCUCUUUGGAGGUGAAGAUCGAGAUCUUACUCAGAGAAGGAAAGAGAAAUAUAGACUAGAAUUAUUGGAACAAAUGGCUGAGCAACAGAAGAACAAGAGACGAGAAAAAGAUUUAGAACUCAGAGUUGCAGCUUCUGGAGUACAAGACCCUGAGAAAUCGCCUGAUAGACUAAAGCAGUUUAGUGUGACACCAAGACACUUUGGAGAGAUGACACCACCUGAAAGACCCAGAGUAGCUUUCCAGACUCCUCUCCCUCCUUUAUCUACUCCUUCUGCCCCACCCAUCCCAUCAGUUCACCCCAUCCCUUCUCAAAAUGAAGAUUUGCACAAUGGACUCAACAGCACCCUUGGUGAAAUGGUGCCUCCCAGAAUUGCACCUCUGCCACCACCUCCCCUACUACCACCUUUGGCUAACAACUAUCGAGCUCCUUAUGAUGAUGCAUACUAUUUUUAUGGUGCCAGAAAUACUUUGGACCCCAGUCUUGCUUAUUAUGGUUCAGGAAUGAUGGGAGUCCAGCCUGCAGCUUAUGUUAGUGCUCCUGUCACCCAGCAACUAGCACAGCCUAUCGUGAAUACAGUUGGACAGAAUGAACUGAAAAUUGCAAGUGAUCCAGUGGUAAAUUCAGGACUGACUUUUGAAGAUAAACCAAAACCUUCCAAACAGUCACUUCAGUCUUACCAAGAGGCUUUGCAGCAGCAGAUUCGGGAAAGAGAAGAAAGAAGGAAGAAAGAACGUGAAGAAAAAGAAAAAUAUGAAGCUAAACUGGAAGCUGAAAUGAGAAUUUACAACCCCUGGGGGAAGAGUGGAGGUGGUGCUCCUCUGAGGGAUGCAGAAGGAAAUUUGAUAACUGAUUUGAAUAGGAUGCACAAACAAAAUAUAGAUGCCUACCAUAACCCAGAUGCAAGAACAUAUGAAGAUAAAAGGGCUGUUGUAUCUCUAGACCAAAAUUUAGCCACUUCAAAUGCUGAGAACCUAGAAGAUUCUGCAAAUAAAAACCCAGGUCAUGUGCAAACACAGAGCUCUCCUUUUGCUCGGGGAAAUAUAUUUGGUGAGCCUCCAACUGAACUUCAGAUUAAACAGCAAGAAAUAUACAAGAAUUUUCUUCGUUUUCAGAUUGAGGAAAAGAAACAAAGAGAGGAAGCAGAGCGAGAAAGACUGAGAAUUGAAGAAGAAAAAGAAGAAAAACGGCUUGCAGAACAGAGAGCACGAAUUCAGCAAGAGUAUGAAGAAGAACAGGAGAAGAAAAGGGAGAAGGAGGAGGAGCAAAGGCUAAAAAAUGAAGAGCUCAUUCGGUUAGCUGAAGAAAGACGAAAAGAAGUAGAAAGAAAGAAGAAAGAAGAAGAAGAAAAACAUAACCUGCAACUUCAGCACCACUAUGAAAGAGAAAAUAAGAUUGGGGAAGAAACUAAGCACCUGAGACACCCUUCUCCUGUAGUUCCUGCUCUUCAGAACAAAAUUACAAGCAAACGCCAAAGACCUCCUUCAGUUGACAGCAUCAUAAGUUCCUUUAUUCAUGAAAGUUCACUGUCCAGGGCACAGUCUCCUCCAGUACCUGCAAGGAAAAAUCAGCUCCGUGCAGAAGAGGAGAGAAAAAAUGUAAUUAUGGAGUUAUCAGAAAUGAGAAAACAGCUUCGCAGUGAAGAGAGGCGUUUACAAGGGCGGUUGCUCCACAUGGACAGCGAUGAUGAAAUUUUUAUAAAGAAAAGAGAAAGGAAUCCUGUAGAUGUAUUUGACAUGGCCAGACAUCGAGUGCAAGCUCCUGUCAGAAGACAGUCACCCAAAGGCUUAGAUGCUGCCACUUUUCAGAAUAUUCAUGAUUUCAAUGUGCUGAAAGACAGAGAUUCAGAAACACGAGUUGAUUUGAAAUUGAUGUACCCAGAUCUUCCAAGAGAUCAUCACACUUUAGAGAUUCAGCAGCAAGCCCUGCUAAGAGAGCAGCAGAAGAGGCUGAACAGAAUAAAAAUGCAGGAAGGUGCUGAGGUUGAUUUAGAUGCCAUCCCAAGUGCUAAAGUACGAGAGCACAGAAUGCCCAGAGAUGACACUAAUGAUUUCAUGAAAAAUUCAUUGCUGGAAUCUGAUAGUGCUUUUAUUGGUGCUUAUGGGGAGACAUAUCCUGCCAUAGAUGAUGAUGCCCUCCCUCCACCAUCACAGAUGCCCUCUGCGAGAGAGCGCAGGAGAAACAAAUUGAAAGGAUUGGAAUUUGAUAUCAGUUGUCCUAAUAUACCACCAGAUUGCCUCUCUUUAAAAUCUGUCUCCAGUGUAAAUGUUGAUCAGCUUAGAAUGAGAAAUGAGGAACGAAUGCGAAGACUGACUGAACUUCAGAAUAAAUUAGUUAAUACAGAUGAUGAAAGUUCACUGGUUGACCCCGAUGACAUCAUGAAACAUGUGGGUGAUGAUGGAUCAAACUCUGUAGCAACUGAGCCAUGGCUCCGCCCUGGCACCUCGGAAACACUGAAACGCUUCAUGGCUGAACAGCUCAACCAGGAGCAGCAGCAGGCUCCUAGAAAGCCAGGCACUUUCACUUGGCAGGGCCUGUCUACUGCACAUGGUUAAAAUAAAUCUGUAAUGGACCCAGUAGUGCCUUUUAAGGUGAAAGGAAUGUUAAAUCUGUGCCAUUAAUAUGUCUUACUUUGGGCCCCUACCUGAAAUUAUGGUCCAUCUAUGUAUAAAAAGUGUAUUUUUCCAUGAUGAUAUAUAUUAUAUACAUACAUAAGAGGCCAUGAUUAUUGAUUUAUAUAAUUGCAUAGAAUUAUUUUUGCACAAUUUUGCCAUAAAUUAGGGUGGUAAUAGUUACCUUGGAUUCAACUACCAUAUGUGCAUUAAUUUACAUUCUGCUUGUCAUUAAGAUGAAUAAAACGUGUCUUAACAAUGCUAUAAAACCAGAAUUAUUUUUGUUACUUGCACAUUUGCCAUUGUUAUUUCUGUUCAAAAGAAUUCAUUUAGUAAAUACACCUAUUGUAGCUGUGACUAUUCUAAUUGUUAUAUAAUGAGGGAUUCAAAUGGGUUAUUUUCAUGUCAUUCCUAGGUACUGAUUUAGUAGAAAUCAAAGGGGCUAUUAUUUUAUUCCCAUGAGCCAUACACUAAAUGUUUUAUCUUUCUGCCUCCAUUUCACUUUUAUGUUGAUGAAAGACAGUAUGUCAGCUUAUUUAUAUGAUUUAACUACUUCCUGAUAGAAAUAAAUUUUUAUUUUUAUUACUAAUGUCAA